CAAUGGGAAGUUGUGUGCGUGUGAAAGAAGCAUCAAUGGUUACACCUUCUGAAACCACCCCAUCCACUGUCCUCGCUCUAUCGGCUCUUGACUCCCAACUCUUCCUUCGCUUCACCAUAGAGUACCUCUUCCUCUACAAGCCUUCCCCUCCCGUCGACCAGGAUGCCACCACGGCCCGUCUCAAAGCAGCAUUAGCGCAAGCACUGGUACCCUAUUACCCCUUUGCCGGGAGGGUUAGGCCCAGGCCCGACUGCUUGGGCCUCGAGGUGGCAUGUGGGGCCCAGGGCGCGGUGUUCAUAGAAGCCUUUGCUGACAGUUACAACGCCAUAGACUUCGAGAAAGCACCUAAAACAGUUACCCACUGGAGAACUCUCUUGUCGCUCCACGUGGCAGAUGUUCUCAAGGGUUCGCCGACUUUGGUCGUUCAGCUGACGUGGCUCAGCGACGGAGCCGCCGCAAUCGGCGUGGGGAUCAACCACUGCAUCUGCGACGGCAUCGGGAGUGCCGAGUUUCUAAACUAUUUCGCCGAGUUAGCUCGUGAAAAACACGCGCCGCUCAACGAGUUAGCUCCUAGGCCCAAACCUAUCUGGGACCGCCACCUUCUGAACCCGCCACAAGUGAAACAGACGCGAGUUAACCCGGUGAGUCACCCCGAGUUCAAACGAGUGCCCGACCUCUGCGGUUUCAUGAACCGGGUCUCCACCGGGCUUAAACCAACCUCUAUAACAUUCGACAAAAGGCGACUCGGCGAGCUGAAGAGACUCGCUUGCAUUACGAGUGAGCCCGGCGAGUCGGUGGUUUACACGUCGUUCGAGGUUCUUGCGGCUCACGUGUGGAGGAGCUGGGCGAGAGCACUGAGGUUUCCGCCGAACCAAAUGUUGAAGCUGUUGUUCAGUAUAAACGUGCGGAAGCGCGUGAAGCCGUGUUUACCCGAGGGGUAUUAUGGGAACGCAUUUGUUCUGGGGUGUGCGGAAGCGAGUGCGGAAGAGCUGGGGGAGAGGGGAAUCGGGUUCGGGUCGGGUUUGGUGAAGCAGGCGAAGGAGAGAGUGGGGAAGGAGCACGUGAGGGGUGUGAUGGAUUUGGUGUCGGAGAGAAGAGCGUGUCCUGACCCGGUUGGGGUGUUGAUAGUGUCACAGUGGUCAAGGCUGGGUUUGGAGAGCGUUGACGUGGGAAUGGGGAAGGCCGUUCAUGUGGGACCCGUUUGCUGUGAUAGGUACUGUUUGUUUUUGCCUGUGAGAGAUGAGUGUGUGGGUGUGAAUGUCAUGCUCGCUGUCCCUACACCUGCCGUUGACAAUUACGAGCUUUUCAUGCAUCUGUGACUGUGUGGGAGAGAAUCCAAAUUCUGAAUCUCUCCCGUUCCCAUUUUCCAGUGUCCUCACAAGUUUGUUUGUCGCUUGUUUUUUAGCUUUUG